GGCAAGGAAAUUGCCAAAUCGGUUGUGAGGAUGUUUUACGCACCCUUCCCUAAUUGGGAUGAAGUUGUUAUUUCUUUGCCGUCGUAUUUUCCCGCCAAAAUCAUAAUUAUGCAAAAUGGCCGAACAAUGGCGGAAAAGGCAAGUGAUGAGCCGUCUUUACCCUCAAAAACUAAGAGAAAAAGAAUCCGGUACGAAAACUAUGCAUCAGAUGUUGUCGAAGAUGCUUCGUACGAGGAUUUUAUCUGUCCAAUAUGUCUUCAGCUACUUAUUGAACCCGUUGUAAUGCCAUGCAAACACGAACUGUGCAAGAUUUGCUUCACUCAAAAUGUCCAAGAAGCGAACCUUCAAUGUCCAAUAUGUCGCGUUAGAAUAUCAAGCUGGGCUCGUAAACAAGCUCGAAAUGGUACUCUAAUAUGUCAGCAACGAUGGGAACUUAUCCAGAAACUAUUUCCAGAAAAAUGCGAGAGGAGAAUGAGAGGAAUAGACGAUGAUGGUGAAGAUUUUUGUCACAGACCAUUUAAGAGAGUUCUGUCUGAAAAUGGAGAAAUUAGGAGUGAAUAUGAAGAAGAAAUGAGAAAGAUUCAAAUGGCUAGAGAAGAAGAAUGCAAAGCUAGUGAAGAAUUUAUUCGUCAAUUAAUGGAAGAAGAGAAUAAAGUUCAUGGUGAAAAGGAACAGUUAAAAGAGAUGGAUGAAAAAAUUGCUAGAAAAAUGCAUCAACAAAUAAAUGAAAUGAAGGUUGCAACUCCAUUAAAGGUGGUAGGUAAUAAACAGGCUGGUUCUUCAUCUAAAGCCAAGACCAAGACUAAAACAUCUAACAGUCCUACUCUAGAGCGAUGGUUUUCACCAACAAUUAGAUUAAAGAACACUUCGUUAGUACGCAAAUCAGAUCAAGAUAAAAAUUCCUCGCAAAAAAUCCCCAAAACAAGAUCCAAUAAUACUGGUGUUGCCAAAGAAUUAGAAUUGAAGCACAAGCAAGAAGAUGAGGACUUUGCUUUUGCUAUGAAAUUACAACAACAGUUUGACAAAGAAAGGCGGCAAGAACAACAACUUGAAAGAAAAAAGGGAAGUGUGGAUGGAUACUUGUUGAGAAAGGACUCGUGUACAAGCACAUCUUCAUAGCUGUGUUUUAUAUAGUGAUUACAUGCUUGAGUUUUUAUUUUUAAAUUGAUAAUUCCUUUCUUAACUACUGAUAUAACACUUGCUUUAAUUUUAACUAUAUUGUCUUGUGUUUUUAAGUUUAUAUUUUUAUAGUUCUAUAUUUUUUUAGAUUUACUGUGGGAUAGUAUAGACUUGAUUAACGAGACACAAAAUUAUAUGUUUUUUAUUGUUUUUAGAUAUAGCUUUUAAGAAUAAAAAAAAUUAAGUGAUAAAGGUAAGACUGGAUUUCAGUUUGAUAAACUGUAGAUCAACAUUUCCACACGCUGACUAUUAAUACACCAUUUACCAAGCUAUUAUUAUUUUGCUAACAUCCUACUGAAAACCUACCAUCACAUGCCUUUUUUUCCUUAUUAACAUUCUACAUUCUACACUAAAAGGUGUGUGCCACAGCAUUUCAGGAGAGUUUUAUGAAAUUUAC